AACGAUGGCUGUGGGUAAUGGCUUUGAGCGUAGACCCCUUAGAAGACGUAGGCUUAGACUUGAAAAUAGGCUUUAGUUUUAUUUUACAGGUGGAUGUCAAAUAUCUGCCCAAGUUUGUUUGUCAGCACUGUGUUUGUUGUGGAUAAUGCAAGAGUAGAGCGGCUAGGAGGAAGCGAGGAAGAGAGGAACACUAGCGCCGCAGUCAGCAUGCGGCGGCGCGGAGGAGAGGCGGCGUGGCGGCUGCUCGCGGGGCUGUGGUUGUGUUGGCUGCCGUGGCGAGGCGCGCAUGUGCGGGCGGACAGGUGCGAGCGCCUCGUGCUGCCCCUGUGCCAGGACAUCGGCUACAACCUCACCGCCAUGCCCAACCUCAUGGGCCAGGACGACCAGAUACACGCCGACAGGGCGAUGCAGGCGUAUCUGCCACUGGUGCACUACAACUGCUCGUCCCAGCUGAGGCUGUUCCUGUGCUCGCUGUUCGCGCCGCUCUGCACGGAGCAGCUCCUGGGUCCCGUGCCGCCCUGCCGGUCCCUCUGCGACCAGGUGCAAGCGGACUGCCAGCCCGUGACGGAGUCCUUGGAGCUGCCGUGGCCGGCGCUGCUGAACUGCUCGCGCCUCCCGGACGACGCGGCGCUGUGCGUGGGCCCGCCCCGGGACGACGAGGUGCCGGCGCCCCGGUGGGGCCCGGCGCAGUGCCCCCCGGACUUCGCGCGGGCCCGCGGCACUCUCGCCUCGGCCGCCACGUGCAGCCCGCGCUGCGGCCGCGACGCCUACUACCGCGCCGACGACAAGCGCUUCGCCCAGCGCUGGAUGCUGGGCUGGGCCUGGCUGUGCUUCCUGUCCACGCUCUUCUCGCUGCUCACCUUCUGCGUGGAGCCGCGCCGGUUCCGGUACCCGGAGAGACCGGUGGUGUUCCUGGCGCUGAGCUACAACCUGCUGUCGCUGAGCCACAUAGUGCGCGGGGCGCUGGGCGCGGAGGCCAUCAGCUGCGUCUCCCCGUCGGACGGGGGCGCGCCGUACGUGGCGGUGGACGGCCUCGAGAGCGGCGCCUGCACGCUGGCCUUCCUCGCGCUCUACUACUUCACCACCGCGUCGGGCGCCUGGUGGUGCGUGCUGGCGGCGUGCUGGUACCUCUCGGCCGCCAAGAAGUGGUCGUGCGAGGCCCUGCACGCAGUCGCCCCCUACCUGCACCUGGCCGCCUGGCUGGGCCCCGCGCUGCUGGGGGUGGCAGCCCUGGCGCUGCACCGCGUCGCCGGCGACGAGCUCACCGGGCUGUGCCAGGUGGCCGAGGACGCUGCCGUGCCGCUGCUCGUCGUGCCGCAGGGCGCGCUGCUGGCGCUGGGCGCCGCCUUCGCCGCGCUGGCCGCCGCCUCCCUCGUCCAGGUGCGACAGACGAUGCGCGCGGCCGGGCGCAGCACGGAGAAGCUGGAGCGGCUGAUGACGCGGCUGGGCGUGUUCGCGGCCCUGUACGUGCUGCCCGCCGCCGGCUCCCUGGCGUGCCUGCUCUACGAGGCGUGGCACCGGCCGCGCUGGCGCAGCCUCGCGCUGCUGGCCGCCCUCGACUGCCGCGUGGAGCCGGGCUGUGCCCCCGGGCCCUCGUACCGCGCCGCCGGCGUGGAGGUGGCCCUGCUGCGCCUCUUCCUGUCCCUCGUGGUGGGCGUUACCUCCGGCAUGUGGGUGUGGUCGGGCAAGACCUGCCGCGCCUGGAGCCGCCUCUUCGCCGCGCCCCGCAAGCAGAGGAUCCCGCCGGCCACGCUGCACGCGUCCCAGGUGUAGCGCUAGUGUCGCUCACUGCCACGUGGCGCUGGAGAGACCUGCGCCCCGCAAGCAGAGGAUCCCCCCGGCCACGCUGCACGCGUCCCAGGUGUAGCGCUAGUGUCACUCACUGCCACGUGGCGCUGGCUAGACCUGCGCCCCACAAGCAGAGGAUCCCCUCGGCCACGCUGCACGCGUCCCAGGUGUAGCACUAGUGUCACUCACUGCCACGUGGCGCUGGAGAGACCUGCGCCCCGCAAGCAGAGGAUCCCACCGGCCACACUGCACGCGUCCCAGGUGUAGCGCUAGUGUCACUCACUGCCACGUGGCGCUGGCUAGACCUGCGCCCCACAAGCAGAGGAUCCCCUCGGCCACGCUGCACGCGUCCCAGGUGUAGCACUAGUGUCACUCACUGCCACGUGGCGCUGGCUAGACCUGCGCCCCGCAAGCAGAGGAUCCCACCGGCCACACUGCACGCGUCCCAGGUGUAGCACUAGUGUCACUCACUGCCACGUGGCGCUGGCUAGACCUGCGCCCCACAAGCAGAGGAUCCCCUCGGCCACGCUGCACGCGUCCCAGGUGUAGCACUAGUGUCACUCACUGCCACGUGGCGCUGGAGAGACCUGCGCCCCGCAAGCAGAGGAUCCCACCGGCCACACUGCACGCGUCCCAGGUGUAGAGCUAGUGUCACUCACUGCCACGUGGCGCUGGCUAGACCUGCGCCCCGCAAGCAGAGGAUCCCCCCAGCCACGCUGCACGCGUCCCAGGUGUAGCGCUAGUGUCGCUCACUGCCACGUGGCGCUGGCGAGACCUGCGUCCAGGAAGAGAUGCUAUCCCUCACGCUGCACAGAUUACACCCUCUGGCAGGGCCUGGGCUGAUGUAGCUUGUUGCUGUGCACAUUUUUUGUACCGUCAUGCGAUAGGCCGCGAAUGGUAUCUGUCCCCACCUUUAUGCAACAUUUACCUCUCACGAGCUAUGGUGUGUGAAUAUGUUUUAGAGUUGUGAAAAAUACUAGACUGAUAAUGAAAUAUGACACUCAGUAUAGCCUUGAGGAGUAUGUGAAAUUUUCAUUGAACAUUUUGCGAAUGUCACAUGUUAUGUUGCGCGGCCCUACUUGUGAUUCUUGAUCAUUUUUUUUACAUAGUCAUUUUAUGUAGCUUUAGUUUAUGUUGUAACAUAAAGUAGAGAGGUUGAAUUUAAUUUAAACAUCAGUUAUUUCAUCUUUACCAAGGCAAAUUUGACUUAUGACAAUUGUAAAUAGUUAAUUACUGAUUAGCCUUGUUCAGACUGUACAUAAAUGUGGCCGUAGUUUUGUGUGACAUAUAUACUUUUUGAGAACUUUAGGAGGGGGAGAAAAGAAAUGGAAAAAAACUAAAAUAAUGUGACGUGAAAGUUAAACUUUUGCAAGACUUUCAGUGCCAUUGAGUUUUAACAUUUUGUUUGGGGUUGUACACAGACUUGAAGUUUAAGGUACUUGAGCAAUAAUUUUCUGCUCAUAAACACAAGAUCCGAAGUGUAACUUAGUAAUUGGUAUAAGAAAUUUUGUUUAUUUGUUUUGUUUUCUAGGAAGUCUUGAAGUAGUAAGAGAGGCCACUCAGUUGCAUUUGUGACACUUUUCUUUUAGCAAUAACUACAUGAAUUUUUUUUAUUUGUAACAAAUGUAAUUAAUUUUUUUCAAAAAGCUAGUUCUCUUCCCUUUUUCUUACAUUUUUUUUUGCCCUCUGUACAGGUUUUCAUUUAGCAUUUAAUUGUUUUUAAAAAUAAGGCAGAUGUGGGGAAAUGCCAUUGGCUAGUUAAAUUAAAAAAAAGGCCUUUUACUUCAUGAAUACAGUUUUUCAUUUUUUUUUUGUUUGAUUCUUUUCUUUACUGACACUUCAGUAAUCACUGUGAUAAGUGAUAUGGUUUGAUGUUGUCAUAGCAUUGAGAUACUUAACUACUGCAUGUUCUUUGAAACAAUGUACCUAACAAUAUUUUCCAAUGCUGUUUUUGUACUUUGCAGGAAGCUUUGUUAUUUUGACUGAUGUAAACAACUGUGUAAAUAAAUUUUUCUGUAUUUUUUUUAUAAA